AUGUCCAACGGCGCCAGUCUGCCUUCACACGAGUACCAAGUGCCCGUCAAACGCAUCCUCUCCAAAGCCCAUCUCGCCGCUUUCCAAAGAUCUCAGGCGCACAAGGAUAUACUAUCCUUCAUUGAAGAUCUAAACACGAGCGUCGUGGGGAAGAAGCUUUCAGAAGCCGGAGAAGGAUCGGAGCGGACGAAACCUGUUCUGGCAGUAUUAGAUCAAGUAUCGGAACUUGCCCACGCCACUCCCCCCGUGGACAACAAGCUGUCCAGAUUUGGCAACCCUGCUUUCAAGACCUUUUACGACAAAGUAUCAUCAUCGAUAGUAUCGCUACACGAAGCGAUCCCCAGAUUACCAAAGGAAGCCAUUAAGGAAGUCGAAGUCUACUUUCAAGAGUCAUGGGGUAACAAGGAGAGAGUGGAUUAUGGGAGUGGGAUGGAGCUGAAUUUCUUGUGCUGGCUACUUUGCUUGACAAAGCUUGGCGUCUUUACCAAAGAUGACUACUCAUUCCUCGUGCUGGGUGUUUUCUGGAGAUACAUCAAUGUGAUGCGCUAUCUCCAAUCGACAUACUGGCUGGAACCUGCUGGUUCGCAUGGUGUAUGGGGCUUGGACGACUAUCACUUCUUACCCUUCCUCUGGGGAGCUGCUCAGCUCAAAGAUCACAAAUACCUGCGUCCCAAGGCCAUCCACGAUCCCGAGAUCCUCGCCGAGUUCUCCAAAGACUACAUCUACCUCUCCUGCAUCCAGUUCAUCAACUCUAUCAAGACCGCGUCUCUCGGCUGGCACUCUCCAAUGCUCGACGACAUUUCCGCCGUCAAAGCGUGGGCCAAAGUGAACGAAGGGAUGGUCAAGAUGUUUGUGGCGGAGGUUCUCGGCAAGUUGCCGGUCAUGCAGCAUGCGCUGUUUGGCAGCUUGUUGAGGUUCCCGAGUGUGGAGGAGGAUGAACAGCUGAGAAAGGACCUUGAGGCAGAAGGAUGGGUGGAUGGAGAGAGUGGAAGGGAGGAUGAACAUGGGCACGUACAUGAUGCUGGUGAGAAGGGGUGGACGAUGGACUGCUGUGGUAUACCUGUUCCCUCGGCGUUUGCUGCCGCCCAGGACGCCAAAGACAAGGGCUUGCCCGCGCUCACAAAUCGACCAGGAAUCAAGCCUAUACCAUUCGAUUGA